AUGCCACUCACUUCACUCGGCAGGGCAGUGAAGAAGAGAAACCAUCAUAACUUCUUUAGAUGUGGGUUCAUUGGAGACCAAGAAGUAGUUUGCUGCCCACAAAGUACUCGAACCAAAGAAAGAAAAGCUGACAGAGAAUGUCAAAAAAUAAUAUCCAACAAAAUAGAGCCAAUUGGCUUAUACAUAAUCGGUGGAGAACUGGCGUCACUCGGGGAAUUUCCUCAUAUGGUAGCAAUUGGGUUUGACCGCGGCAAUGGGUACGAGUUUGACUGUGGUGGCACUGUGGUGUCGCCGGACUACAUAAUAACCGCCGCGCACUGCAUCGACACUGUGGACCGCAUAGAGCCGAGCAUGAUUCGCGCAGGCGUGGUGGAGCUGGGCGACAACACGUGGAAUGAAGACACCGACCACCGCAUCGCACGCAUCUACAUGCACCCCGAGUACACUCGCAAAGAGAAGUACCACGAUAUUGCCCUGCUUAGAAUUGAAACGCCUCUGAAGUUCUCAAGCAAUCUAAAUGCGGCCUGUUUGUAUACAGGCGAUGAAGACCCCACCAUUCCACUCACCGUCACCGGCUGGGGACAGACCAGUGUCGCUAAGCAACGUCGCAGCAACAUGCUGCUAAAGGCGAACGUGACAGUGGUGCCACGUGACCGGUGCAGCGAGAACUACCGUGACUGGCGAAAACUGCCCCGAGGCGUUACCGAACAGCAGCUCUGCGCCGGCGACCCUGAAGGCCUUCACGACACUUGCCAGGGCGAUUCCGGAGGCCCGUUGCAAGGCGAGACUUCCAACGACGGGCAGUACAGGCUGGUGGGCGUGACGUCAUUCGGGCGCGGAUGCGGCUCGCCCAUUCCCGGAGUCUACACGCGCCUUAGGCACUAUCUAGACUGGAUAGAAAGCAUCGUCUGGCCAGAUUCAUAAUCUCACACAAUACAAUACAAAGAAAGUUCAAUA